AUGGAGGCCCUAGUCAAGAAGGGCUACGCGGAAAUAGCGCCACGCGCGUCCCACACUACAAGGACGUGGUACUUGCCGCAUUUCGCAGUCGUAAACGCUCUAAAGCCCGACAAAUUGCGAGUUGUACACGACGCAGCAGCCAAAACAAAAGGUACGACUUUGAAUGAGAAUUUAUUAACAGGGCCGGAUUUGUUACAGCCUCUUCCCGCAGUGUUAUUGAGAUUCCGGGAACAUCCCGUCGCUGUGACAGCGGACAUCACGGAGAUGUUCAUGCAGGUGGGACUACGCGAGGAAGAUCGCGACGCACUGCGCUACCUCUGGCGGGGAAACCGCCGAGAUAGCCGGCCGCCAGAGGUGUACCGAAUGAAGGUAUUAAUCUUUGGCGCAUCGUGCUCUCCUGCGACGGCGAUAUACGUCAUGAAUCGCAACGCGGAGAGACACCGACACACGCAUCCUGAGGCCGUCGAGGCGAUCAAGAAGAAACACUACAUGGACGACUACCUCGACAGCUAUGAAGAUGAACACAGGGCGAUAACAAUCGCUACUCAGGUGCGUAACAUACACAGAGAAGCUCACUUUGAAUUAAGGAAGUGGACGAGUAACUCGCCCGCGGUGUUGAAGGCGCUCGGCGAAUCGCCCAAUGCAACCGAAGCGGUGGAAAUAGAAAGGACUGAACGAGUCCUAGGCCUUAUUUGGAGGCCACAAGAAGACAGGUUGGCGUUCAACCUAGACUUAGCCCGCAUACCGUCGAACCUACUGAGGCGAGAAGCACCCACGAAGAGAGAAGCAUUGAAAAUAGUAAUGUCGUUGUUUGAUCCUCUAGGGAGGUGUGGCGACGCGGCACCGAUUGGGACGACCCGAUCGACGACUAACUUGUCCGCCGCCUGGGUGAACUGGCUCACCCAUUUGAAGCAACUCAGCGGCGUAACAGUGCCGCGCUGCUAUCCCGGCUACUCCCGAGCGAGAAAACUCCAACUCCACGUGUUCACCGACGCCAGCGAGUCAGCCUACGCGACCGCGCUCUACUGGCGCGCCGAGGACGACGACGGACGAGUCACAGUCACGUUACUGGCGGCCAAGGCAAAGGUAGCUCCACUCAAAUUAACCUCCAUACCACGGCUUGAACUACAGGCAGCUGUACUCGGCGCACGGAUGGCUGCGAGUGUGACACAGGAGCACUCCAGGCAGCCAGAAUCCACGACCUACUGGACCGACAGCAAGACAACACUGUGCUGGAUCAGAACGGGAGCCAGGUCGUACAAGCCCUACGUAGCGCAUCGAAUCGCCGCGAUAGAAGAACACACACAGGCGAAUCAAUGGAGAUGGGUGCCUACACGCUACAACGUUGCCGACGACGCUACGCGCGACGUUCCCGACAACUUCACGCGGGAACACAGGUGGUUCAACGGACCAGAGUUCCUCCGCGACCCGCCCGAACUAUGGCCUGCGGAGGAAACACAGCUGAGCACCGACACGGGUGAGGAAAGAGUGAACACUAUUACAGAGCGUCGGGAGAAACAGUACAAGGAAGUCCUGCCCGACGUGAAUCGAUUCUCAAAUUGGAAUCGCUACGUUAGAGCUGCCGCCCGCGUACUACAAGCAGUACAACACUUCAAACGACGCGUCAACACGGUCCAUUACAAGAGGACCAAGGCGGCCGCAAGCGAGAAUCCGGAUUGGAGGCGCAACGAAGCCGCGAAAAAUGCGGCGAAACGAGUCGUACAAGCACCGGAGGAGCGAUUCGUGACGCUCCCAGCCGAGUUGCAAGAAGAGGCCGAGCGCAUAAUCAUAAAGGCGAGUCAGGAGGCCGCCUUCGAGGAAGAACUACGCUCACUCGAAAAGGAAAACCCGUGUCAAAGGAAAGCAGGUUGCGUGGAGAGCGUCGUCAAUUACUGUCGGCAGCACAAAUGGGUCAUUCGACUGCGCCCGACGGUCAAGGCGGUGGUCAGGAGCUGCUUCAAGUGCCGCCAGAGGGCGGCCACUCCACCGCAACCGAUAACGGGAGACUUGCCUCCCUGUCGACUGGCGCAUCAUCACCGGCCGUUUACAUACACCGGUUUGGACUAUUUCGGCCCGCUCACAGUCACCGUGGGCCGGAGUAGUCAAAAAAGCGCGCCGCGGGAGCCCCGCCGAGAUCUGGUCCGACAACGGGACAAACUUCCACGGCGCAUAAAGGAGCUGCGCAACACCCUCCUCGCUGGCGCCGAACAAGAGGCGUCGCGGAGGGCGAUUAGAUGGCGUUUCAUCCCUCCGGGCGCACCAUUCAUGGGUGGCGCCUGGGAACGACUCGUGCGGUCGGUCAAGACCGCGCUGACGACGGUGCUUCACGAGCAGAGGCCACAUGAAGAGACGCUGUCGACGCUACUCACCGAGGUGGAGUUCACAGUCAACAGCCGCCCACUGACUCAUGUGUCGGUGAACCCCGAAGAUCCGGAGGCCCUGACGCCUAACCACUUUCUGUUGGGCUGUCAGGGCCCACUCGUCACACCUAAUUUUCCAGCCGAACACGGCUACGGCACGCAUGCCGACCUUCGAGCGUCGCAGCAGCUGGCCGACGCUUUCUGGACCCGCUGGUUACGAGAGUACCUUCCCGAGCUCCGCAACCGGCGGGAGCCCCGCAGCAAGGGACCAGAGCUACACAUCGGCGACGUCGUGCGCAUCGUGGACGGGACGCUCCCACGAAACACUUGGGUGCGUGGCCGCAUUCUGUGCUACGCAUCCGGGACCUGA